AUGGGUGCUGGCCAGUCAACCGAUACCAAAGGACAUGGAACAUCACCUGAGGAAAUGAGCCGUAUUCUGGCUCAGCGGUUUGCGUCAAAAUGCUUCACACCACUGGAAUUAGCCCACCUGAAAGAUAAUUUCAAUUCGCUGGCUUUGAAACAAGACGAUGUUCGAUACUGGAACGAAGAAGUUCUAUCCAAAUUCCUGGGCAUACCAGAUGGAGACAAGACGCUUGGUCAUGGGCCUUUUGAUGCCGGCCCUGUCAUUUUUCGAAUGGUCUCUUACCUCGGAGCGUUUCCUUUUCAAAAUACCCUAGCUCCAAGUGUGCUCACCUUUGAUGCCAUGGUGAAGGUGAUUGUCCUCCUGACCGACCGUUACGGAAAGGUUUUGCGCAGAGGGCGAAAAGAUCGUAUUAAGUUGCUAUUUGGAAGUCUGGCUGAUGUUGGAAGAAAAGAAGAGCCUUCUCUUGAAGCUGGGGAUCUUGAGCAAAGUCCCGUUGAAAUCAAACCCCACGAAGCUGGGUUCUCGGUUGACAAGCCUUCAAAUGAUACCGACGACUACCAUGACGACGAUGAUCUAGUUCUUGCGGCACUUGAGUCAUUGGAUGCUAUUGAAGUAUUUAAACACGACCAGCGUAUCGAUCGCACAGUCUAUGAAGCUCGAAUUUCAUUUGACACGUUUCAACGGUUAUUAAUGCUGCUUGUCAUCAUAGCUCCGUUACGCGCCUUUGAAAAGACCACCGACUAUUUCUCUCAACUUGAUGAAGAGUCAUUGAAGUCUGCUCGCUGCUCUGUCGACAGCAUCCUCACAUCAUUCGACGCUGGAGAUCGUACCAACGGGAUAGAUUAUGAGACCUUCUCUUGGGUGAUCUCAACUUCUCUUCCGUAUAUGUUUGACCCUCUAACCGCGCUUUUUGAACAUCUUCUUUUCAGCAAAAAUCUUGAUCUAUCCAGGAGAAAAGACUCUGGGACUUGCUCAGUCAAUGAGGAAAAACAAAAACACGCGGAGUUAUCACCCACACCUUCAGACCCGGCAAUAAUCCUUCCAGGAUCCUUCAAACCCUGCAUCCUAGACUCCGCGAUAAUCUCCCACCUUUCCUUCUUCCUUCCAACCGCAUCCCCUAUCCCAAACAUUCUGCAGAAUGGAAUACGCCUGCAUGGAGUAUUUUCUUCUAAUACCCAUGGAGAAUCUCUGACGUCCUUUUCCCAUAAUGUUCUUACCUGGGAUGCCCCUAGUGUUAUCUUAGUAACAGGCGCUCUAAAUCAUCCUUCUGCUGGUGAAGCUGAUACAAUAACUGUUGGAGCAUAUCUUCCACACACAUGGAGAUCGCCUACAUUUGGAUCUGCAUCCCACUAUGACACCUCUGAUCAGUCGCAAUUACCUUGCUUAUUCCAAUUAAGCCCCAGACAUGUCAUGAUGCAGGGUUCUCCGUCGAUAAAUUCUCUGAAAGCGAACUUACCCGUGGUAUCAUUUUCUACCAAGUCUGGUAUAGCUAUUGGCUGCAAAAUACCUCCGCCAACUCGCACAUCGAUGGAUUCAAGUCGCCCUACACCUGCCGGCAGUGGUAGCAUGUGGAUUGAUCCUGCUCUGGAAAACGCUGAGUUUGUCAUGUCCAAUGGCCUCAGCCAUGAAGAGGGCGUGUUUCUCCCCCCUGGACUUGCAACUUGGUCCCCAUCACGCUCCUCAUGCGAAGCAGAGAGUGAGACGAUCAAAAUAUCAAUCUAUACCAUAGAAGUUUGGGGGAUCGUACGGACGACGUCCACGCCCACACAGUCGCCGUUCAAUCACAGCCGCGCCUCUACUGCAAAUGGGGAUAUACCUGAUGCCAUUGCGCGCCAGCAAGCCAAUUGGUCUUUUGAAGCUCGCGAAGCCGAAAGACGCCGGGAGAUACAUCUCAAUGUUGGUGGUGGUGAUUCUGAGGAGCAGACUGGGAGGGCCUUGUUGGAAAUGGCUGGUAUUAUUGGGGAUUCAGCAAGACACCGAUAA